AUGAAAUUUAUUUGUUUUUUAAUCUUUUUAUUCUUCAAUUCAAUUUUAUGGAGUUUAAUUAAUUCUGUUAAAAAUAAUUCAAAGCAAAAAGGUUUAACAAUAAAUGCUGAAAAUGUUUAUUCGCCAAAGGAUCAUGGAAUGAUAAAUGAUGAGGCUGAAUCAUCGGUUGCUCCUCAAAUUCAAAAAUAUAAGGAAACGAUAAACCCAAAAAUUCAAAUUUCGAAAAAGGACAAGGCUAAAGUUGAUAAAGAUGAAAAGAAGUUAAAAAAACAGCAAUAUGAUAAAAAGAAUUAUCAAAAAAAUAGGGAAAAUUAUAAGGAAAAUGCUCGUAAUUGGUAUAAAAUGAAUAAGGAGAAGAGACAAAUUUACUGCAAAAAUAAUAAAGAAAAGAAUAUCGAAUAUCAUCGAAAUUAUUUCCAAAAUAAUAAAGAAAAAAUGAGAGAAUAUCAAAGAAAAUACCGUCAAAAAAAGAGAAAUGAGAAGGAAAUUCCACAAACUGAUUCUUUAAAAUUAAAAAACAUUCAAUCUGGUAAUGAAGGAUGUUCUUUUGAUAAUCUACAGAUUGGUGAUUGUAGCGAUAAGGCGAAAUUACCAGACUUUCUGACUGGAGAAGGAAAUCUUCCUCAAGGUGAAGAAAAAGAAAGUAAUACGGAGGAAGUAAAAACUUUUGUUGAUGAGUUAAAUCAAAUUGUGGUGGAAGAGCCAACUAAACUUGGUGAAAAUGUCAUAAAUCAAAUAAAUCUAAAUGAGUAUCCUUUUGAUUUGAACAAGAAACCUGAGGAGGAUUAA